AUGUUGAUUUUUUCAUCACUACUUUUUAUUGUCCCUUAUGUGGAGUUAACUCGAUUGGAGAUAAAAGCUCCGGAGUUAAUACAGCUAAGCCAACACAUUAGUCCUCUGGUACGACGUGCAGCUCUUGUUCAGCCAUAUUUCAAGACCCUAGCCAUACGGAAACAUUCCUCCUUUAUCCUCACUUACAGUGAUGGAACAUCAACUUUAGCGCUCACGCCAAUCAGAUUGUUCCCAAACCUUUUUUUGCCAUGGAGGCAAAAAAAAGAGAGUUGUUGCCAUCUGCAUAUGCGGGGCUUGGAUAGUGGCAAUUUUUGCUCGAGCGCAUACAUAUUGAUGCAAGUUCGCGGCAUCUUGAAAGAAGAAUGGCUAGGAAAAAAUAUAUGCAACAUUUUUACGCAUAGAAUCAGGUCCAUUUGUAUAAAAGCGCAGGUAUAUCUUGCAUUUGCAUAG